AAAAGUCAUUAAUGGGAACAAGAACCAGCGCCUUUGUCAUUAGAGAAUUGGAAGAUCUUUUCGUGCCUGUGUUGCGAAACUGCGUAAACAUGGAAGGAUUGAAGAAAAUCCAUGCUCCCAUUGUGAAGUUGUCACUGUCACAGAGCAACUUCUUGUUGACAAAAAUGGUGGAUGUGUGUGACAGCAAUGGGAAUAUGGAGUAUGCAAGUUUGCUCUUCAAUCAAGUGGUUGAGCCAAAUGGGUUUUUGUACAAUGCUAUGAUCAGAGCUUACACACACAACCAUAAAUUUAGUGUAGCAGUCGUCUUGUACAAGAAAAUGCUAAGACAUCCGCAAGCUGAAAAUCCCAUUUUUCCAGAUAAAUUCACCUUCCCAUUUGUGAUAAAGUGCUGUGCAGGGCUUUUGUGUCACUUUCUGGGCCAGCAGGUUCAUGCCCAGUUGUGUAAGUUUGGGCCGAAGUCGCAUUUGAUAAUAGAGAAUGCACUAAUAGACAUGUAUACCAAAUGUGACAAUUUGACAGACGCACACAAAGUGUUUGAGGACAUGACUGAAAGAAAUGCAAUUUCUUGGAAUAGUAUGCUUUCUGGGCAUGUUAGGUUGGGACAGAUGAGAAAGGCAAGAGCAAUGUUUGAGGAUAUGCCAAACAAGACUAUUGUCUCUUGGACAACGAUGAUUUCGGGGUGUGCUCGAAUCGGGUGCUAUGUGGAUGCUUUGGAUGUUUUUCACCAAAUGCAAGUGGUAGGAAUUGAGCCUGAUGAGAUUAGUAUUGUGUCAGUUUUGCCGGCAUGUGCACAGCUUGGAGCUCUUGAGGUUGGGAAAUGGAUUCACAUGUACGCAGACAAAAAUGGCUUUUCGUGCAAGACUAACAUUUGUAAUGCCCUGAUUGAGAUGUACGCCAAAUGUGGUUGCAUUGAUCAAGCAUGGCAGUUGUUUGAUAAAAUGGUUGACAGGGACGUGAUAUCUUGGAGUACCAUGAUUGGAGGGCUAGCAAAUCAUGGGAAAGCUCGCGAAGCAAUUAAACUCUUCCAAGAUAUGCAGAGAGCGAAGGUUCAACCCAAUGGAAUUACUUUUCUUGGUAUUUUAUCAGCCUGCACCCACGCUGGUUUGUGGGAUGAGGGACUGAAGUACUUUGACUCCAUGAGAAAAGACUAUCAUAUAGAGCCGGAAAUUGAACACUAUGGUUGUUUAGUCGAUAUUCUUGGUCGCUCAGGGUGCCUUGUUCCGGCUCUCGACACAAUAAAGAAGAUGCCAAUGAAGCCAGAUUCGAAGAUAUGGGGCUCUUUGUUAAGUUCUUGCAGGAAUCAUUGCAAUCUUGAGAUCGCUGUUAUUGCUAUGGAGCACCUUCUGGAGUAUGAACCAGAUGACACAGGGAACUAUGUGUUGCUUUCUAAUAUUUAUGCAGAUCUUGGGAAGUGGGAGGGCGUGUCAAGGAUGAGGAAACUCAUAAGAAGCAAGAAGAUGAAGAAAACGCCAGGAUGCAGCUUGAUUGAGGUUAACAAUGUGGUUCAAGAAUUUGUAUCAGGCGAUGAUUCAAAAGCAUUUUCAAAAGAUAUCUUUUGGAUGCUAGAGCUGCUAGCUUUGCAUCAUGACAGAACCGAGGGUAUGCUAGAAGUUGCAGUGGAGGAUAUAAGUCAACAUUUGUGUUAAAAUCAACAUUUGU